CUCGUCGGAGAAGAACCCCUAUCUCCACUAGGCAGCAUCAGCAAGUCGCGUUAGCGCAACUGGCUAUCUGCACCGUCCAAUGAGGAGGGAAAGCGAUGCCCCAGGCCAAGAACAAGGGAAGCAGAUUACGCACGACGCGGACACGCACUCUUAGGCAGCGGAGACAUAUAAGCAGAUUGCAUGAGACUAUACAUAGGGUGAUGGAUGGGUGUACUACUGGAGUGGAUUGAUUGACUUAACCGACGAUUGAAAGUAUCAUGUCGGCUGCUGACAGUGACAGUGCGCAUGCAUCUUCCGAGUCCCAUCGGGAGUGGGACUCAGAGAUCGCUAGAGAGGAUGAGACGAGCAAGGGGCGCAUAGCGGUGGUGCAGAUGCGCUCGCAGGCACAAGGGUGCGGACCGCAGGAUGACUGGACGGGAGUGGUUGAUCCGAAAGAGCGAAGGAAGUUGCAAAACAGGCUGAAUCAGCGGGCGUUGAGAAAUCGAAGAAAGAGAAGCAAGGACCCGACUGCGGCAAGUGCCAGAAGCGACUCUCCACAAGGAACAGGACAUGGAUCUGUCUCGUCAGCUGCAACCCCCAUGACGGUUGUGCAGAUCCCGAAAGUGGACUGCAGGAUGGCCCCGGAUAACGUGGAGGAGCUGAUGCUAGAGUUUCAGCGCCGGACGUUGAGGAACCACCGACUCGGAACGCCGAAUCUAGACGACCUGGCCACGCUGAGCAAGCUAAACAUGAAACGCGCUAUGAAGGACAACAUAGUCGCGGUAGGAAUGACCAUGGCGUGGGUGGCGGAUGACGACUCCAUUUCUAUCUUCAGUAUGGCGGGUCCAAGCUUGUCAGAGGGUACAAUCCCCCCCAGUCUCCGCCCAACGGCGUUGCAGCGAACAAAGCCCCAUCAUCCCUGGUUCGAUGUAUUUCCCUUCCCGCGGAUGCGAGACAAUCUUAUCACGGCCCAGGACGACUUCGAUGACGAAGAGCUCUGCCACGAUCUGAUGGCGUUCUGGGAUAUUCAAAACACGGAGACCGCGGUUUUAAUCUGGGGGAGUCCGUGGGACCCAAGAAACUGGGAGGUGACGGAAGCUUUCGUGAGGAAAUGGGGCUGGGUGAUAGACGGAUGUUCAGAGAUUCAGGAGUCAUCGAACCGGUGGAGACGGGUACGAGGUGAGAAGGCUCUUGUAAUAACGAGUUAGGGAGAAGAAUAGCGGUCAUCCUCGAUCCACAGAAAUCUUGCCCGGCAAUUGAACGAAUUACUUUCCAACAGGUCGUGCACUUUUCAAAUGGAUUACUCGCCCUCCACCACCUCCAUCGCGAUCCUGCUGUACCCAGCCGGGAACGCUAUCGGUAUAACCCUCCCGUGUUGAGAUGGUUUGCCAAACAUUGGGAAAUCCGGUAGGCAACAACCCACGGAUUCGGGCUCCAGGAACGACGAACCGAGGAUUUCGAUGCGUCAGAUAACCUCCCAUCAGAUUUUGGGUCAGAAGCGAAGCAAAUAUGGAUUCGAGCUCCCGCAGCAUGGGUGUCGGCUGGUCGGGAUCAAUUUCACUGGGAUCAACAGCAUAUGGAUCUAAUUCGUAGUCUC